UCAUGAGCCCGGCCCCCUCUGACGGAACAGCUCCAGGGCUGUCCUGCCCUCAAACAACAGCGACGCAUAGUAGGUGUCUGCACACAGACACACAGCACUCGUGGGUUGCACAUAGGGGUGUGAGAAUGUACCUGGGUCUCUGCGGUCCGCGUGCAGCCGUUGCUCGAGUGCGUCAGCCGUCUGCCCAUCGACGAAGUCUGCACACACAUUACAGAGACAACAGACAUCAUUGUGUGAAAUCCGGGCGUGCUAUGUUAUUCAUGACCGCCUACCGAUGGCCUCCAUCAUGAUGAACGUGCCCUCUAGUGCCACCACGACCCUCUUGCGCGCAACCGUGACCUCCGUCCGCCGCUGCUUCUCGGUCGUCUUCCACUGUUGCCACACUGUCUGCAGCAUCACCAGCGCGCGCCCCGGCGAUCCUUGACGCCAUGACGCCCCUCCGGCCACGGCCAGGCCGCGGACACCCCCACAUCGCCCCACGCCACCAGCCUCGGCACGACGCCCCGACCGCCGCUCCGCCCAUUAAUGGCCUCCAUGAUGCGGGCCUCCUUGCGCAGCUUGCGCGUCAGGCGGUCCACCACGGCCUGCUGGCCGCUGUCAGCCCGGAACCCGACAAACGUCACGCCACGCAGCAUCACCGGGCGGCUGGUGUUGUCCUUGAGCUUGCCGCGGACGAUGGUGAACCUCUCGCCAAUGGAGCGGGCGUACGGAUCGGGUUCGAAGCCGGAGAGGGCGGCCUUGGCUUGGGCUGACAUCUCUGCAGGGGCCUCCAGGUCGUCUGUCUCGGCCACUGCAGUGUCCUCCUCGUCGCUGCCCGAUCUGUUGACCUCGUCAACAACUGCGGGUCGCUUUGUGCUGCACUGCUGCUGAGGCGGUGAGGUCGGGCACAAGACGGGCAUCAGAGGGGAGGAGCCGUCCGAUGCCCCGCCCUGGUCGGCUGUCACGGAUGACGGGGAAGGGCUAGCAGGAGCGACAGGGGCGGCCUCACACAGCUCUGAAGGGGAAGACAUCACAACCGAGAGAUAACAAUGGCCAGGCAUCAAAUACACGUCUCCCUCCAGGUUUGCUCACCUCUCUCGACAACAUCCCCUUCCUCUUCUGCAGCUUCCUCGGCUGCCUGGUCGUUUGCUGCCCUCUCCGCCGUGGAUGAGCAGGCUGAUCAUUUUGUGGAUGAGCACCGUCUUGUGGACGCGAUCGGCGUACGGCACCGGGAACCUCUGGUCGAGAAACUCCGAACCCAUCGCAUCAU